AUGAAUAGGAUACAAUACAAUUCGGCGUUCCAAAUGAAGGAAGUUCAAUGGCCUGUAGUCUUGAAAGAUAAGAACAUUAAAAAAAUGAAGAAAGUAUUGGCAUUUUUGGCAGGUGCAUUUUUUAGUAUAGGAUGGUUCAUUUGGAUUGAUGGACAUGUUUAUGAGAAUCAUAGAAAUAGAGAGACCGAUGGAUUUGGACCAUCGAUUCAAUGGGUUUACUAUCUACCGGGAAUCUUUGCAACCGUAGCACUAGUUAUGACCAACAUUGUCAAUAUAGAGUCACUGAGUGGAUCGUCGUUCCUCUCUGACGAAGGUACUUCAACAAAGAUCCGUAUCUGGUUAUUCCUUAGUUUUGCUAUCAGUUUUGGUUGUGUUGCCGCUGCCAUUUGGAUCAUGGCUGCCGUCUUUAUGCCACCACACAACAAGAACUCUGACGCUGAGUACCCAGGUAUUGCUUUGACCGUUCAAAAUGUUAUGAUUUUCAUUAGUUCAUUGACAUUGAUGUACUCAAAGUCAAGAAGAGAGGAAAAUGAAUUUUAA